GUAUAAGCAGAAGGAGAUCCUCGACGGAGGCGGCGGUCGCCGGCGAUCUAUCUCCGGCUACCACCACUGAGUCCUUUCAAUCGCACGAAAUUUUAUUCUCCCAAUAAUAGCCCCUUCUCUCUGAUGUGCAGCAACGCCGCCUCCGUCCUCCCCAGUCUUCUUUUCGCCUUCCCGAACGGUCCCCUCGUUCCGCACUUCAAUCCGUCUCCUAGUUGCCGAGAUACGCGGAGAAGCAUCGCGAGAAAGUCUGCGUGCAUAUCCCCACGGGGAGUUAGGUUCUGCAGCGGCAGACCAUUGUCCAUCCCCUCAAUUUCCGGCUUCCAUCAUGGUUUCCUCCAAAAAUCGUCUUUCAGUGAGAAAAACCGGGUUUGGGACCUAGAGGAGACGCUUGAAAACAGGGUGGGAGGUUUUUUCCAAAACGGUGAAUCUAUGCCACUAGCAGGGUGUGCCUGCCCGUCAAUUGCGGCUGAUUUGAAGACUCAUGCUAGCGUCGCUGAGAUGGCUGCUUCCACUGAUACGGAUGAGGAGACAUCCUCGUUACUAAAUUUUCGCAGCAUUUUGGACAGGAUUGGCAAAUUUGAGGUGACCUUGGAGUGUGAGGAAGAUAAGAGUUUUAGUCGGUUUAGGUCAGCGAGACUGUUUCAACACUAUUCCAAGUUGGUAGGUGGAAUGAGUGAAAGUAACUACUGUAAGCUUCGACGUAGACAAAUACAGAUAGAAUCUGAAGCUUGGGAGCAGGCUACGAAGGAAUACAAGGAAAUGCUAAAGGAUAUGUGUGACAGGAAGUUGGCCCCAAAUUUGCCAUUUAUGAAGUCCUUGUUAUUAGGUUGGUUUGAACCACUGAGAGAUCGCAUUGCCAGAGAGCAGGAGAAAUGCAGGGAAAAAGGCAAUAGAGCAUCCCACGCUCCUUACUUCAAUCAGCUUCCUGCAGAUAAAAUGGCUGUAAUCACUAUGCACAAGAUGAUUAGUCUUCUAAUGUCAAGCAGUGAAAGCAGAUGUGUUCCAGUGGUUCAGGCUGCAUGCAAAAUUGGUGAUGCCAUCGAGCAUGAAGGGCGGAUUCAGUGGAUUCUUGAGAAAACUAAGAAAAAGAGUAUCAAAGUUAAGAAAAGUGACGAAACAGGUGUUUCUGUAAAUGAAGAGCAAGAAUUAAUUAGGAAAAAGGUUACAAAUUUGAUGAAAAGACAAAAACAUCACAUAGUAAGAAAGAUGAUUAAAGGACAAGAUGAUUCCAGACCAUGGGGAAAAGAUGCUCAGGCCAAGGUUGGAAGCCGCUUGAUCGAACUCUUAAUAGAGACUGCAUAUAUACAAUCUCCUGUUAGUCAAUCUGCUGCUGAUCCUCCUGAUUUACGUCCCGCAUUCAGACACUAUGUCAAAACUAUAAUAAAAGAAGAGAAAAACAUUAGCAGGCGUUUUGGAGUCAUUGAAUGUGAUCCAUUAAUUUAUCAUUGUUUAGAUAGAACUGCAAGCCACAUGAUUAUUCCUUACAUGCCAAUGUUGGUGCCCCCACUAAAAUGGACUGGAUAUGACAGAGGAGCGCAUUUAUUUCUUCCAUCUUACGUUAUGCGAACACAUGGAUCAAAAAAACAACGGGAGGCUGUUAAGAGGGCACCAAGGGAGCAGAUGCAGACUAUUUUUGAGGCACUGGAUACACUAGGCAAUACCAGAUGGAGGGUUAAUAAAAAGGUGUUAAAUAUCAUCAAUACAAUUUGGUCAAAUGGAGGACGUCUUGGUGGUUUGGUUGAUCGGGAGGAUGUUCCUCUACCUGAGAAGCCUGAUACAGAAGAUGAAAUUGAACUAAGGAAAUGGAAGUGGAAAUUGAAAUCUGUGAAGAAGGAAAAUAGUGAAAGACAUUCCCAUCGGUGUGAUAUGGAACUUAAACUUGCUGUUGCUAGAAAAAUGAAAGAAGAGAAGGGAUUUUAUUAUCCACACAACCUGGACUUCAGGGGCCGUGCAUAUCCCAUGCAUCCGUAUCUAAAUCAUCUCGGUUCAGAUAUUUGUCGAGGAGUGUUGGAGUUCGCAGAGGGACGACCACUGGGGAAGUCUGGUUUACGCUGGUUAAAGAUACAUUUGGCAAAUUUAUAUGCUAAUGGCGUUGACAAGUUAUCACAUGAUGCUCGAGUGGCAUUCACCGAGAACCACUUGGAGGAUGUAUUUGACUCUGCAGAUAAACCUCUUGAAGGUAGGCGCUGGUGGUUAGGUGCUGAGGAUCCCUUUCAAUUGUUAGCAGUUUGUAUCAAUCUUGCUGAAGCAUUGAGGAGUUCAACACCAGAAAAUACAGUUUCACACAUUCCUGUUCAUCAGGAUGGAUCGUGCAACGGUCUACAACACUAUGCAGCUCUGGGGAAAGACAAGUUGGGGGCCAUUUCUGUGAACCUUGUUGCUGGAGAUGAGCCUGCAGAUGUAUACUCCAGCAUAGCUACUAGGGUUCUCAAUAUCAUGUGUAGAGAUGCAGAGAAAGGCCCUUCCAUCAACCCAAACGCUUUACAUGCUAAACUACUAAUUGAUCAGGUGGACCGGAAGUUGGUGAAGCAGACUGUCAUGACAUCAGUUUAUGGUGUCACAUAUAUUGGGGCACGUGAGCAAAUUAAGAGAAGAUUGAAGGAACGUGACAUGAUGGCUGAUGACACAGAAUUAUUCCGUGCAUCUUGCUACGCUGCUAAAACCACACUGACUGCAUUAGGGGAGAUGUUUCAAGCUGCACGGGAUAUCAUGACUUGGCUUGGUGACUGUGCUAAGGUGAUUGCUUCAGAAAACCAUCCAGUAAGGUGGACAACUCCUCUUGGUCUCCCAGUGGUUCAACCUUAUCAGAAGUUGGGAAGCCAUAUGGUAAAAACUUCCCUCCAAGUGCUGACUUUGCGCAGGGAAACUGAUAAGGUCAUGGUUCGGCGUCAAAGAACAGCUUUCCCCCCAAACUUUGUGCACUCCCUCGACGGUUCCCAUAUGAUGAUGACUGCAGUUGCCUGCCAAAGAGCUGGGUUGAACUUUGCUGGUGUUCAUGAUUCGUAUUGGACACAUGCAUGUGAUGUGGAUCAGAUGAACCGGAUUCUUCGAGAGAAAUUCGUGGAACUCUACGAGAAACCUAUACUAGAAAACUUACUCGAAAGUUUUCAACAAUCAUUCCCAACACUAAGUUUCCCACCAUUACCGGAACGGGGAGAUUUCAACCUUAAUGAUGUUCUCGAGUCGCCAUAUUUUUUCAACUAAUCUUGUGUACAGGCAUCUUCGCCGUCAACAUCUCAGGCAACUCUAGAGUUAGUAUGCGAGAUGUGAGUGCAUCAGCAUUGACAACCGAGAUCCAUGUUCAGCAAAAGCAUCGAUCCGUAGGCAACAAGAGUUUCAUGUGUGUAUAUCGGUGAACUUCUUUGCAGUUUUGGCACCGCGAGUGACAAAUUGCGAGUUCUGUGUACAUGUUGUCGUUCUUGACCUUACCUGCCUGUCCUCGAUGGCCAUGGAGGGGAACAAGAAGCAACGAACAAGGCAGGGAAGCCGCCACCGAGAAACCAGAUAGGAAACUGAUGCGAAUUUCACUCGCAGCAUAGGUUUUUUGUAUUAACUUCAAAAAAAAUCUUGUUUUUCCAUGAAACUUCUAUAUGAACAACUAAAGCUGUAUGUGUACUUGUAAUUAAUGUUGAGUUGUAAUAUUUCAUUAAGUUGUCAGUAUUUCAGUAAUA